AUGGCAUCGACAAAGCGAUCAACACAUGAACACGCUGGCGAUUACGACGGCGAACCCGGCUGCCAUACACUGCACGAGGUUAACGCCAUGUUCCGGCACUACUGGGACCCUACAAAAUAUUGGACAUGUGAGGCACAAGGACGUCCGGCAAAAUUGAAACGUUGUCCACAAUCUCAUCUCUACAUGGAUUCGCAAAGCCAAUGUGUUAUGUAUACCGAAUGGCAAUGGACGGAUCCAGCCGAUCCACCAAGCCGUCCGCAAAGCGCAAAAAGCACGUGAAGUUGAAUGAUAUGGAGGUGGUUUCAAAGCAAAAACAACAAACUAAUUAAAUAAACGUGAUUAGAGCAAGCACAUGAAUGCACGCAUACAUACACACACGCACAUUGGUGCUCAACGUACAGCCCAAAUUCGUGUACAUACAUACACACAUUCAUAUACAUACAUCUUUGUAGAUAAGUAUGCCACAAAGUUUGUCGAUGUGAUUUAGCAGUUUAGCGGCAACUGAAUAUGUAUUCGUACGUAAGGAAGAUAAUUUUAAUGUCAAUUAUAAACAUACAUACGUAUUUACUUUUAGACGAUGACUGAAAAUUUUGUUUAAGUAAUACAACUGUGGCUAUUAUUAAUUAAAAAAUAAAAACUUCCAAGUACUUAGGUAGUUUAUCGAAAAACGCUUUAUGCUUUAUU